AUUUCAAUAAAUAUUGCAAAAAAAGUAGGAUUUAACAAUUGCGCAGAAUUUAAAAUUCGCACAUGAAAGGGGUUGCGAAAAUAGGGAUAAAGGAACGAAGAAGAAGAAGAAGGAAAUAAUACAAAUUUCAAGUACAUACCUUCCAUUUCCAAUUAUUUCAGUUCUUUUUUUAGUAUUUAAUUUCAUAUUUUUAAUUUAUUUGCAAAAUGAAUGAAUUUUCUGCGCUUAAUUGUGGACGUGAGCUGUGCUUUAUCUGCAAGGAACUGAUUUUAUCCACUGGAGAUUCAAAUUUUACUAGUUUAUCUGGAAAAUCUCUUUACGAGAUAAUUAGUUCAAUAUUCAGUCAUAGCUUGUUUGAUGAAAAUUUCUUCAUGUUCAAAAUCUGUGCUGAAUGUCAAGAAAGAAUUAAAAUGUUUGAUGAGUUGCAGACAAAAGCAAAUAGCGUUAAAAAUGAGCUUAUAGGAUUAUAUGAAGCUAAUGGGCAUUUUAAUGAGAUACAGUCAAUGGAACUAGACAAUGUUGACUUCACAUUCAAGCCAAUUGAGUUUGAAAUAAUCACAGAAAGUGCCAAUAUUGAAGAAUCAAAGACUGAUGAAUUGUCGGAUGAUUUUAAGAAAAUAAUUGAAGAGAAAGGAAUCAAGUAUGACUAUUCAGUAUUCCAGAGGGUUUUUGGUGCUAACGAGGAUGACAUGGAGACACAGAAGAAACACAGGAAAUUUUACUGCAAUGAAUGUAAAAUUGAAAUUAAAAAUUUCAACAAUUUUCUCAUUCACAAAGCUGAUCAUGAGAAGCAGAACUAUCAAAUGUCAAGUCCUAAUGAUGAGAACCAGCCUGACGAAAAAUUCAAUUGCUUCUGUGGGAAAAUAUUUUUAUACAAGUUGUCCUACACGCAGCAUCUUAAAAUACAUAACAAUAUCCGAGAAUAUCCUUGCAAAUUGUGUGACUUUAAGGCAUUCAAUUCGACACAUCUGCAGCGGCAUAUUCGUGCAAGACAUACAAAAGAAAAGAAGCACACGUGUAUCUAUUGUGGACGGAAAUUUGGGGAGAAAUAUAAUAUGAAUUCACAUAUCAGAAAACAGCAUAUGAGUAACAAAUAUAAUGUUGAGGCUGUUUAUUGAGGAACAGCUGUUUAAAGACUAAAUUUAAUGCCUAUUGAGGUGUUGCAAUUUUGAUGAGGAUUGAUAAAUGAAGAAAAUUUUGAGAAUUAUGCAGAGGGGUCGUUGGUGAAUUCAGAACUGAAUCAAGGCAUCCAAAAUUGCAGCAUCGAAUUAUUAACAAUAUGAACAGAAAAGUUAACGGAAUUUUUGAAAAAAAAGUAGAAUUUGUAUGGUUUUAAAAACGAAGUUGUAAGGUUCUGACUAUCGAAAAGAAUGGCGUCAAAAACCAUACAAAUGUUUUGUUUUGUCAUGAUUUUGAAUUCCAAAACCCUAUAAAUGUUUUAAAAUUCGUCUAAAUCUUAUAAAUGUUUUUUAAAUUUAACAAACCCUUACAAAUUCUUUCAAAGCCUUACAAAUUCAAAUUUUCAACGGACUUUUUGAAUUUCAACUUCAUAGCGAAAAAUUUAAAGUCUAGUCAUUAAGUAAAGUAUUAGCUCCAAGCAUGUCCAAAGAAACCCCAAAAGCAGUAUUCUGCUGCCUUUAUCUGAAAAUAUCAUAAAUGUCUAGUGUUUAAAUUCAAAAAUAUUCCAAAGUACAAGUUCGAAAAAGCCAA